CAUCCGAAACCACGCUAAUCCUCAUCACCGGACACCAGAGUUGAUUUGCAGGAAUCCUCAUAGAUUGGAAAAUGAUCAGCCGUGGUAGAUCUUUUUUUACCGGAGACUAAAAGGUGGACACGCUGCCAGGCAUGACCUGAGACCGUCUGACAUUCUCCAUCAACAUGGGCAACCAGGAGGCGAAGCAAAGAAGAGCUCCAGCCGCUGGUAAUGGAAGCUACCCUUCAUUAGAAGAUGGACCGGGCGAGGGAAGAGGGGACACCACAAAGAGUGGUGGUAAGAAACACCACAGUAAGAAUGGCAUUAAAGGCACAGGGGCAGGAGGGAAGAUGCACGGUACAGCGCCAGACAGGAAAAAAAACAAACACGAGGCCAAGUCGUCUGUUUUCUCUAUCCGGAAAAGAAAGGCUCAUUCGAAAGGGAAAGGAAAUGCGUGCUCUUCAUUAACAGGCUCAAGUGAGGAUGUGCUUGCGUCUCAACAUGACGAAUCGGCCAGGAAUAAAACGCCUGAUCUGUCUGCGGAUGAAGUGGGGCAGUCAGACAUUGAAGCAGAGUUGCCAGACGGCAAGAAGAAACAACAAGGAGAAACCAAUGGAGAACCGAAGCCUCAUAAAGCAUCAGUCGCAGCAUCAGCAGCUUCUCCCUCACAAGAAAAAGAGCAGAAGGCAGGGAGUUCCGGUUCUGAUACUGACAUUUACAGUUUCCACUCAGCAGCAGAUCAGGAUGAUUUGCUUGCAGACAUCCAGCUUGCUAUCAGACUCCAACACCACCAUGGAGUACUUAAAUCGGUUGCUCAGGAAAACGUGCAGCAUGAAAGUAAUAUUAGUUGCGAAGGAGAGGGGAGGAGAAUGUCCAAUGCUGAAACACUUGAAUUAGAGCUUGGGUCCGAUGCGCUUUCUUUUCUAGAGGACGGAACUGAGCAAGCAGCGGGAUUACACACCCUCACUGACGUACCCAAAAGAAAAAUACAUGAGGAGAUGGAGGAGCAUCACGAUAUGAAUGGGAAUGGAAAGGAGAAAAAGUCCUCUGUUGGUGGUAUGACAAAAGACCAGCACGCCUGUCUGCAGCAGUCCCCUCCCACAGUCAUCGCCAUAGCUACACUCCACCCAGUUACCACGGCAACUAGCAGUAGCAGCCUCCCCGAUCCUACGCUGGACAGCACAAGUCAAGGCCCGACAGAGCAGCAGGAAACAGGAGGUGAAAAUAAUGAUGAGUUGUGGGAGACUCUUCCUGAUCACAUUCUUGUAGACAGCCCCGACACAAGCAGACAUGCCAUGGAAAGGAUGAGUUCUGGGACACCAUUUGAAGAAGGUGAGAACGACUUUGGCAUGGGUGCAUUUGAGGAAAGCUUGAGUACUUUGUUGGAACGGUGCCAUGAUGCUUCCCCCUCCAGUAAACAGAGCAGGAGAAGCAGUGUUUGCCUUACACCUUCCCAAGGGAGCCCCACAUUGGCCAAACACAUUCUCAGGUCCAACUACUCCUCUUCAAACCCUGUGGUGAAACCUUACCCUCCCAUCUUCCCUUCCUACAUUAAGACCACCACCAGACAACUCAGCUCCCCAGGACACUCACCAGCUCUGUCCCUAUCCCCCAGCCCCAUGUCUCCACAAAGAAGCCAUCAUCACUUGCAAAGGAUGAUGGGGGGCAGUCACCAGGUUCCAAGGCAGCGCUCCCAAAGCAUUACUGGGCCUCUGAGUCGCUCGGCUGACUGGACAGAGGAGCUUGAGAAGAGAAUGAGAUGCAGGGAAGCAAAUGGUGUGGGGUCUGUGGAUUUUGAGGAAUUCAGCCACAGGAGUGGAGGAAGUCAACCAAUUUGUGCAACAAGGAGAUCUUCCUCUGGACAGGUUUCUUCUUGCAGUUGCCAAGAUGUCUUCACAGGUAGAACCCUCCUGGAGAAACUCUUCAUGCAACAGCAGCAAGAGGAGCCACAGGAAGCUGAGAGGCUCUGCUCCAGAAUCUUAGCCAUGGGUCUUCUUCUGCCUUUUACUGAUUGCUUCAGACAGCAGCUUGAAGGCAGUACUGCACACAUCACCUGUACUGGAGCAACCAAGUUUGAUCAUGACCGGCUGUAUAAAUGGGCAGCUGUUAACCAGCCGCCCGUUUCCCUUGACCAUCUUGAAGGGAGGCUACCAGGUAACCCCAAAGACUCUUGGCUGUUAGCCAGGCCAAGUGGAAACCAGACAGGAGUCCGAUCCACAAAUCCAGAAAAUCCUACAGGAUUGGGUUUGAGGCAGCAACAAAACGACAGCCAACAAUGCCAGGAUGAUGUUUUACUAAAAACAGUAAAACUUAAGGAAAAACAUGUGAGUGUUAUCCAACAGCUGGAGGAAACCAUUGAAGACCUCAGGACCAAGAUUGCAGAGUUGGAGCGGCAGCCUCCUCUUCAGGACACAGACCUAAAACCUACUCACACAGACAAGGAAUGUGGAGGAGACGAAUGUCUUUUUAGGGCUGUUUGUGAUGCUCACCUUCAGACUGAAGCAGCUCAGGCUCUGGGCUGUGCAGAGGCUAAAUCAGUGCAAACAUCACCGAUGGGUGACAGUUUAAAAUUUAAAGUGCCUUAUAUUGAACCCAGGGGAGUAAAUGGCUUCCUUCAGUUCCCAAUCAAACAAUGUUCAUGUCAGGAGCAACCCCAACGUUUACCAGAUGGGACACCUCUAUCUUUACCAGAACAAUCAACACUAGUAGGGUCAAUACCAGCCCCACCCCCGCCUCCUCCUCUUCCUGAUGGACCUGCUCCACCCCCACCGCCUCCUCUUCCUGGUGGUAUUGCUCCACACGCGCCACCUCCUCCUCCUGUUGGACCCACUCCACCCCCACCGCCUCCUCUUCCUGGUGGUCCUGCUCCACCCCCACCGCCUCCUCUUCCUGGUGGGGUUGCUCCACCCCCACCGCCUCCUCUUCCUGGUGGGGUUGCUCCACCUCCACCUCCUCCUCUCCCUGGUACUGGUAUUCCACCCCUUCCCCCUCCUCCGCUCCCCGGUGUAACUGGUGCACAUCCACUACUUGGUUGUGGGCCGCCCCCACCCCCUCCUCCUCCGGGAGCAACCUGGGUUCCUCCAGCCCUUCCAGGAGUUUGGGGGUCCCUGCCUCCUCCUCUGCCGUUGGAGCUGUAUACUCUGGGCCUUACUCAAGAGAAGCCACCCAAAAAAGCAGUAGUGGAGCCUCCCAGACCCAUGAAGCCACUGUAUUGGACCAGAAUACAGCUACACACAAAAAAGGAAAUAUCUACUGUGUCCGUGUGGGAGAAAAUAGAAGAGCCUGAUGUAGACUUCGAGGAAUUUGUGGAGUUGUUUUCCAAAACAGCCGUCAAGGAGAAGAAGCAGCCACUUUCCGACACAAUCACUAAGUCCAAGGCCAAACAGGUUGUAAAGCUCCUAAGCAACAAACGAUCUCAGGCUGUGGGAAUCCUGAUGUCUUCACUUCACCUUGAUAUGAAAGAUAUCCAACAUGCCAUCUUGAAUUUGGACAACACAAUAGUUGACUUGGAGACCCUGCAGGCACUGUAUGAAAAUAGGGCUCUGCCAGAGGAGCUGGACAAGAUUGAAAAGCAUGUGAAAUCCACAAAAGACAAGCAGAAUGCUAAACCUCUGGACAAACCUGAACAGUUUCUUUACCAGCUCUCUUUGAUUGCCAACUUUUCCGGACGAGUUUUUUGUAUUCUUUUCCAGUCGAGCUUUUGUGAGUGCACGUCAUCCAUAAUGAAGAAACUGGAUAUAUUGCAGCGGGUAUGUCAGGUGUUGCAGGAGAGUGAAAAGGUGAAACAGGUCCUAGGUCUAGUCCUGGCUUUUGGAAACUUCAUGAACGGAGGAAAUCGCACAAGAGGCCAAGCUGAUGGUUUCACCCUGGACAUUCUUCCUAAACUCAAAGAUGUCAAAAGCAGCGACAGCAUGAAAAGUCUUCUGUCGUACAUAGUUACAUACUACCUGAGGAACUUUGAUGAGGAUGCUGGAAAGGAGACAUGUGUUUACCCUCUCCCUGAGCCCCAUGAUUUGUUCCAGACUUCGCAAAUGAAGUUUGAAGACUUUCAGAAAGACUUGACUCGACUCAGAAAAGACCUCAAAGCAUGUACCUCAGAGGUGGACCGAGUGUGCAAAGCUUCAACUGAUGAUAACCUGCAGCCUUUCAAGGUCAAGAUGGAAGAUUUUCUUUCACAAGCUAAACUUGAACUUGAAACAUUUGAAACUCAUCUGAGCAGCACACACACACUGUUCCUGGAGCUCACAGUGCUCUAUUCAGUCAAAGCAAAGGGCGGAGAGAAGGAAGUUUCACCAAACACUGUUUUCUCCGUCUGGUAUGAGUUUUCUUCUGACUUCAAGGACAUGUGGAAGAAGGAGAACAAAACUAUCCUUAAGGAGAGGUUAAAAGUAGCAGAGGAGUGUUUCCGCCAGGUCAAAGAGAAGGCUUCCUACAGUGUUAAACCCAAACAUGCCACAGGAAUCAAAGCCAAGCUUGGCAUGAAGAUAUGACUUUGAAAGAGCAUUCAGGUUCGUAGUCGGUUCAGAGAUGAACGUGCUGAUAUUACGAAUAUUGUACGAUUCACUCAUGUUUUUUUCUCUGCCGGCUGAAAAUGAUCAUGAAGAGUUUAUAUUUAAAUGCUAGUAACUUGUGUUCUAGUUAUUCAGCAUCAGCGAAUCACGCAAACACAAGAUAAACGACACUUCACGAGUCACAAGUUGGAGGAGCAACGAUCUGAAUUUGAAUUGAGUUCUUCUGGAUGACCUUGAAGAGAGACUCGGAAAAUGCAAAUAGAAUGUUGUUUGAAUAUUUUUUUUGAAUUGUGAAAUACUAAUAUGUAUUAAAGAUGAGAGUGGCCUUCAUUCUCCAACAGAAAA